AUGUCUAUCUUCCGGGCAACUUUAGUACUCCUCCUUUCCGCGUCUGCGUCCAUAGUUCGUGGGGUCCCCCACUCCCCCAGAACAACACAAUCCCGAACCCAGCAAUGCGUGAUUCCUUCAAAGUACAACACAUCCAAUGGACUGGCCGACGACUCGCCUGCAGUCUCCCAAGCCUUUGCGCAAUGCGCAACUGACUCCGUUAUCGUUUUCGAGGAGGGUAUCAGCUAUAAUAUCUUCCAUCCAAUUAAAGCGACCAACCUCAGUAACGUGGAGAUCCGCAUGCACGGCAAUUUACACCUACCACAGAACAUCACUGCUGUGCAAAACAUUGUCAAUGGUGGUAGUUCGAUAUGGUUUACCUUCGAGGGCCCCCAAGUGGACUGGAUUGGGCCCGAAAACGUGAACCAUGGCUGGAUCGAGUCGCACGGACAGCCAUGGUGGGAUGCGAACCCUGCCAAUGGGACGGGAAUCGAUGGACGUCCACAUCUCCUGAGCCUUAAGACAAGCCAAGCCACUGUGAAGUACUUCAGGUCUAGAAAGCCGAUCGCAUGGAACUUUAAGCUGUACGGGCAAGACAUUACGGUCAGCCAUGCCAUCAUCGACGCUACCUCGACAGGCAGUUUUCCAUUCAACACGGAUGGUUUCGAUGUCGAGGGCACCAAUAUCCAGAUAACCGACAGUAUCGUGUACAACGGCGAUGAUGCGAUUGCCGUAGCCUCGGGAUCGCACGAUAUACUCUUCACCAGAAACACCAUUGGGUACCAGACUCAUGGCAUGAGCAUUGGUUCGCUGGGAGAGGAUGCGUCCGAAUUUGCUAAUGUCACCAACAUCCGCUUCGAAGAUGUCACUGUUAUUGACGGUCUCUACGCGGCGCGUUUCAAGUCAUGGAGCGGAGGGCAAGGACUCGUCAAGAAUGUCACCUGGAAUAACAUCCGAGUCUACAACGUGACGUUCCCGAUCUAUGUCACUCAAAGCUAUACAGACCAAGGAGCCUCCAGCUCUAGCACUGUCAAUGCCAGUUCAGCAGUGAUGAUGGAAGACUUCACAUGGUCUGACUUUUCUGGAUCGAUCAAUACAUAUCAGCCCGGGGACGGCUCUUGCGUGUCGGACCCCUGCUGGUACAAUGUUGGACUGCCCAACUUGAAGCAUACUGAAGCCCUCAUCCUCGAGUGCCAUACAACUCAGUCUUGCUCUGACUUUGUAACGGCCAACCUCCAGCUAUACCCACAAAGCUUGGAACCGGCGAGCGUGAUCUGCAUGGAUGCAACCGCGGCCCUCAACGCUGAGCUUGGCUUUGAAUGUAGAAAUGGGACUUACGAUCCAUUAACCAAUUGA